CCUGGCCCCACCAGCCGCCCACCCUGGGCCGUGGACCCCUCAUUCGCCGAGCGCUACGCGCCGGACAAAACGAGCACGGUGGUGAGCAAGCACAGCCAGCCGGCCAUGCCGACCCCCAUGCAGAACCGCAGCUCCAUCGUGCAGGCAGCCCAGCAAGCACCCGAGGGGCCUGGCCGCACACCCCUCUGCUACAAGUGCAACAAGGUCAUCAGGGGACGGUACCUGGUGGCGUUGGGACAUUAUUACCACCCCGAGGAGUUCACCUGCUGCCAGUGCAGGAAGGUGUUGGAUGAGGGUGGCUUCUUCGAGGAGAAAGGCUCCAUCUUCUGCCCCAAGUGCUACGACACGCGCUAUGCUCCCAGCUGUGCUAAGUGCAAGAAGAAGAUUACUGGGGAGGUCAUGCAUGCACUGAAGAUGACCUGGCAUGUGCAGUGCUUCACCUGCAACGCCUGCAAAACUCCCAUCCGCAACCGAGCCUUCUACAUGGAGGAGGGACAGCCCUACUGCGAGAGAGACUACGAGAAGAUGUUUGGCACCAAGUGCCGUGGCUGUGACUUCAAGAUCGACGCUGGGGACCGGUUCCUGGAGGCGCUGGGGUUCAGCUGGCAUGACACUUGCUUCGUCUGUGCGAUCUGCCAGACCAACCUGGAAGGGAAGACGUUCUACUCCAAGAAGGACAAGCCACUCUGCAAGAGCCAUGCUUUCUCCCACGUGUGA